UUCGCGACCUGGAGGUGAGGCAGGCCCAGCUGAGAGAGCGGAGAACCGCGCUGGAAUCAUCCCGGGCUGACGCUCACAAGUCCGGGGUAAGUAUACAGCGAUCUGUUAACAGUCCCACCACGUCUACUCCGUGUGUUUCUCUGCACAGGCCCGGUGCACCCAGGACGCGAUCUUCCCAGAUGUCCUUCACUGCGACGCCCGGACACCACGGACCCUGGGUGCAUCCACAGCGGAGGACGCGAGCCGGGUCCCGGGCGACGACUUCUCCCCCUCCUGCCUUCGACAUCUCCAUCCGGAACCGCUUCGCUCCCCUCCGCGAGACAGGACGCGACGCUGUGAUCAUCGGAGACUCCAUCGUCCGACACGUAAGUGCUACGUUAGCCGAAGGUAAAGUGCACACUCAUUGUUUGCCUGGUGCUCGUGUUCUCGAUGUUUCUGCGCAGAUACCCGCGAUCCUGAAGGUCGACGAGAGCCCCAGAGCGGUCGUGCUUCACGCCGGGGUUAACGACACCACGCUGCGGCAGACGGAGACGCUGAAGAGGGACUUCAGCAGCCUGAUCGAGACGGUUCGCAGCACGACGCCCGCGGCGACGAUCGUCGUGUCAGGACCACUGCCCACGUAUCGACGAGGACACGAAAGGUUCAGUAGACUUUUUGCUUUAAAUGAAUGGUUGUUGUCAUGGUGUAAAGAACAGAAACUGCUAUUUGUUAAUAACUGGAAUCUUUUCUGGGAGCGUCCUAGGCUGUUUCGCGCUGAUGGAUUACACCCCAGCAGAAUCGGAGCGGAGCUGCUCUCUGACAACAUCUCCAGGACACUUCGCUCCAUGUGACUAGAUUUACACAAGCUCCAGUCUGGAUCCAGAACACCUGAGAAGAGAUGAUGCUGACCCUCAGAGGACCC